AUGUCAAAAUCAGAGACAGAUGCACCUCCUACGGUUGGUGGAGAUGGCACUUGCAGCUAUUACAAGAACUCCUACUACCAGAGAAGAAGUGCAAAUGUAGUUAAAGAAAGAAUUGAUGAGGAGAUUGCUAAGAAAUUGGACUUCAAGAGCCUUCCAAUUGCUUCAAACACAUUUCGUCUUGCAGAUUUAGGAUGUUCAGUAGGACCAAACACCUUUCUCCAUGUCCAAAAUUUGCUAGAAGCUAUCAAGCACAAAUAUGAAAUGCAAUUCCAUACCUCCCAAAUUCCAGAAUUUCAAGUUUUCUUCAAUGAUCAACCAAUGAAUGAUUUUAAUACCCUCUUUAACAAUCUCCCACAAGAAAGACAAUACUUUGCAGCUGGUGUGCCAGGCUCAUUCUACGAUCGAUUAUUUCCUGAGUCCUUUCUCCACUUUGUGUACUGUUCUAUUUCACUCCAUUGGCUGUCUAAGCUGCCAGAUCUUGUGUUAGACAAGAACUCCCCUGCAUGGAAUGGAGGAAGAAUUCACUACACAAAUGCACCAAAUGAAGUUGUCAAAGCAUAUGCUUCACAAUUUGCCAUGGACAUGGAGAACUUUCUGAAAGCAAGAUCUAAAGAGCUUGUUCCUGGAGGGAUGAUGGUGAUAAUUUCACAGGGUAUCCCUAACGGGAUGCUUUAUUCUGAACUCCAAAAUGGCUUUAUGUUUGAGUGUAUGUCACUGAGCCUCAUGGAUAUGGUGAAAGAGAGAAUAGUCUCUGAAGCUCAAGUGGACUCCUUCAACCUGCCAUUUUAUGCUGCUUCUCCAGAGGAGAUGAAAGAAAUUGUGGAAAGAAAUGGUUGUUUCAAUAUUGAGAAAAUGGAAUUGAAUGACCCAGCAGCAUGGCUGAAAGGACGGAUUAAUGUACCUGAAUGGGUGGUGCAUGUAAGAGCUGCAAUGGAGGAAUCAUUCAGCAAACAUUUUGGAGGAGAAGUCACGGAUGAAUUAUUUGAUCGCUUAACGAAAAAGCUUACCGAGUUCUCUGAUAAGCUGGAGUUAAAAUAUAGGGAAAAAACUCUUCUUUUAGUUGUUUUAAGGCGUAAAUGA